AUGCCCGGCCAUGGCUCAGUGCGCUGCAACUUCCAGCACAGGCGAGGCGGAGAGGCGGCGGGGCGAGGCGGAGAGGCGGCGGGGCGAGGCGGAGAGGCGGCGGGGGAGGCGGAGAGGUGGCGGGGGGAGGCGGGGAGGCGGCGGGGCGAGGCGGAGAGGCGGCAGGGGGAGGCGGAGAGGCGGCGGGGGGAGGCGGUGAGGCGGCGGGGCGAGGCGGAGAGGCGGCGGGGCGAGGCGGAGAGGCGGCGGGGGGAGGCGGAGAGGCGGCGGGGGGAGGCGGAGAGGCGGCGGGGCGAGGCGGAGAGGCGGCGGGGCGAGGCGGAGAGGCGGCGGGGGGAGGCGGAGAGGCGGCGGGGGGAGGCGAGGAGGCGGCGGGGCGAGGCGGAGAGGCGGCGGGGCGAGGCGGAGAGGCGGCGGGGGGAGGCGGAGAGGCGGCGGGGGGAGGCGGAGAGGCGGCGGAGGGAGGCGGAGGCGUCGGGGGGAGGCGGAGAGGCGGCGGGGGGAGGCGGAGAGGCGGCGGGGGGAGGCGGAGAGGCGGCGGGGGGAGGCGGAGAGGCGGCGGGGGGAGGCGGAGAGGCGGCGGGGGGAGGCGGCGAGGCGGCGGGGGGAGGCGAGGAGGCGGCGGGGCGAGGCAGAGAGGCGGCGGGGCGAGGCGGAGAGGCGGCGGGGGGAGGCGGAGAGGCGGCGGGGGGAGGCGGAGAGGCGGCGGGGGGAGGCGAGGAGGCGGCGGGGCGAGGCGGAGAGGCGGCGGGGCGAGGCGGAGAGGCGGCGGGGCGAGCCGGAGAUGCGGCGGGGCGAGGCAGAGAGGCGGCGGGGCGAGGCGGAGAGGCGGCGGGGGGAGGCGGAGAGGCGGCGGGGCGAGGCGGAGAGGCGGCGGGGCGAGGUGGAGAGGCGGCGGGGCGAGGCGGUGAGGCGGCGGGGGGAGGCGGAGAGGCGGCGGGGGGAGGCGGAGAGGUGGCGGGGGGAGGCGGAGAGGCGGCGGGGCGAGGCGGAAAGGCGGCGGGGCGAGGCGGAGAGGCGGCGGGGCGAGGCGGAGAGGCGGCGGGGCGAGGCGGAGAGGCGGCGGGGGGAGGCGGAGAGGCGGCCGGGGGAGGCGGAGAGGCGGCGGGGGGAGGCGGAGAGGUGGCGGGGGGAGGCGGAGAGGCUCUGGCUCGGAACUGCCUGCUGGGCUAUCUUUCUGCAGAUCGCAGCGACAAACAGACGUCGCAUUCGGCUCGCAAACUGUCGCAGAACCGGCCACAGCCGCAACGCUCACAGCACGUGUCUCCUUCGGAGAAAAAGUGUCAUCAAGUCCUGCCCUCGCUGUAA